GAAGUGCGUUCUCCUCCUGCGUCUCCCUUCAGUCUGAACCAGCCUGCGAGCUCGCGCUGUCGGCCUCUCCCUCACGCCUUUGCUCGGCUUGUCAAGCAGAAGUACGGGCUUGGUGGUUCGGAGAUCUGGCCUUCGAUUAUGCUGCCAUUCCAACCGACCAGAACGAUGUGGGAUUCAGAUGCUCUCCUGUUUUAUGAAAGCCAACCUCAGGAAUGAGCACUUCUGCUCCCUCGCUCGUGUUUUAUUCGCCAGGACUGAGCGUAUGUGGGACAGUAGCGAGUCUAACAGCUUUAACAGCCUUCAGACAAAAGACGGCUGCGAAGUAAUAUUCACAAAUAAGGGGUCGUUGUCUCCAUUCUAUGGAGAAAGUGGGCAAGAUGUGGGGUAACCUCAGGAAUCGAUGCCAAGCCCUUUUCCACAACGAUGGCUUCGAGUCCCAUCUGUGUAGCCAGGAUUUAGAUUGCGUCCACUGUGUGGUAGACUUGGGUAGGGGAGCACAUGCAGAACCCUAUGAAACUACACCCUCACGGACCUUGUCACUACUCCCACUGGUUACUGGAGGAUGCAGAGGCCAUAACUGUGUGGCAGACAUUCCCCAGAUAGUAGAAAUCUCCAUUGACAAAGAGAGCGAGGAUGCACUGAUGGGUCCACUUAUCCGUAGGGACUCCUACUCACGUCAUGCUCCCUGGGGAGGUAAAAAGAAGCAUUCUUGCUCAACUAAAACACAAAGUUCGCUUGAGGCUGACAGGCGAACAGGACGCUCAAGAGGAAGUACAGCCAGGAGGGAGCGUCGCUAUGGAGUUAGCACUAUCCAAGAGAUGAGUGAUUCUGUAGGAGCUGGCAGCAGUGGGCGCAGCCUUGGCACCCGUUCUCUACGACAGCGACUUCGGGACACCAUAGGCUUAUGCCUUCCUCUCCCCACACACUGCCGCUCUCAGUCAGCCAAAGGCCACGUGUCCUCCAAACGUAAGAUCCACCUGACUGAACUGAUGCUCGAAACAUGCCCUUUCCCACCCGGUUCAGAUCUGGCCAACAAGUGGCACCUAAUUAAGCAACAUACAGCGCCAGUCAGCCCUCAUUCCUCAACUGCUCUUUUGGAUGCGUUUGAUUUAGUGCAUCCAUCCACUGAAGACGAGGAAGAGAGGCUGCGUGAACGGCGUAGACUUAGCAUAGAGGAAGGAGUGGAUCCCCCUCCAAAUGCACAGAUCCAUACGCUGGAGGCAACUUCACAGAACUCUUCCCUUUAUAAACUGGGACCAAAGAUGGCUCCUGGUGUUGGGGAAGGAGUUGGGGAGGGCAGAAGUCUGGGAACAGUCUCCUCCAUUUCUGGGGGGGUAUCGGGUAUUGUCGCACAGGUUUCAGCGAGUAUGGCAGUGUCAUCCCACACUGUUGACUGUGACUCUGAGGAGGACUCAACUACUCUUUGCUUACAGACACGGAAGACCAAGCAGAGGCAUGCUUCUGGGGACACACACUGCUCCAGACAACCCGGGCCUUGGAAGGUCCACACACAGAUUGACUAUAUCCAUUGUUUGGUGCCUGACCUACAGGCCAUAACUGCACUUCCUUGUUAUUGGGGGGUGAUGGAUCGGUACCAAGCAGAAGCACUGCUGGACGGACGACCAGAGGGCACCUUCCUGUUACGUGAUUCUGCACAGGAGGACUACUUGUUUUCCGUUAGUUUUCGACGCUACAAUCGUUCACUGCAUGCACGCAUUGAACAAUGGAAUCACAACUUUAGCUUUGAUGCGCAUGACCCCUGUGUCUUCCACUCUUCCACAGUAACAGGCCUGCUGGAGCACUAUAAAGACCCCAGUGCCUGUAUGUUCUUUGAGCCCCUGCUCACUGCUCCCUUACACCGGACUUUCCCUUUCAGCCUUCAGCAUCUUGCGCGAGCCGCCAUCUGCAGACACACCACCUAUGAUGGCAUUGGUGCCCUCGCGUUGCCUCCAACCAUGCAGGACUUCCUGAAGGAGUAUCACUACAAACAGAAAGUCCGUGUGCGCUGGCUAGAGAGAGAGCCACCACUCAAGGUCAAAUGAGGUCUGGCUCUGCAACCGAGAGAGGCAGGAGUGUGGGCAAGAGUUUUGCCGCCAGAGGAGUAUGUGGCUCAUAUUAUCCAACAUACAGCUGGAUUUAGACACACGGCAACAGAGGAUGUUGUGAACUUCCAGCAGUUUUUUUUUACCGGUUAAUACUACACAUGGAAUCCAUACAUAUGUUUCAGUGCAGAACAUUCUGUCAAGCUAGCUUAUUUGCUGAAUUGUCGAGCAUGGUGGGAAUGAGAUGGACUUAUUCUCUCUGCUCUUCUUCCUAUGACCUUAUGUCCUUUGGCUCUCCACUAGCAUGCCCCUUGCUUUCUAUCUUCUAGUGUUUUACAUUAUUUUGAGCAGUAAAACUGAUUGUUGUCACAUUAACUAGCCUCUUUUGUCAGGCAAAUGGAUGACAGCUACAGAAGCUUAGUCCACUGAUAAAAUAUAUUCAAGUAAUCUUGGAAGUCUUCAUACCUGAAUGUCUGCUACUCUCUAAAAUGUGAUGUUAAACAUCUAGUCACACUAUAUGCCUAUUUGUGAAGUCAUGACUAAUUUAUCAACAAUACCUUCAAGAUACUUUACAGUGACCUCCUACAAGUGUCAAGUUCCCUGAGGCAGCACUUGUUAAGCCUUGUGUACAUGGACAGGAUCACAGAUAUACACGCACCUCUCAGCACGAAGCAUGCUUUAUUUUUAAAAUUGAGGCAGACAGACGUGAAAGGCAUGAAAUGAUUGCGGGGAGGUGGGAGCACUGUGCACAGUGUGCCAUAUGAUAGAGAGGACGGAUUAUUUAAAACUAGGCCCUCAUGUAGUGUCAUAUCCCAGCAUAAUCCUUGUUUUAAACCGUCUAUUUUACUAUUAGACUUUUAUUAGAUUUUUAUCAGCGACAGUCUAAAAUGACAUAUGGCACUUUAAUUAUUGUUUGUGUACCGCACAAUGACUUAUAGACUAAAGUGCAUGCAUAUAAACCGAUAAUAUUGUCUGUGUUUUUUUUUAUGGACCUUAUUCAUAGGAUGUCAAUUUACCCAAUAUUCUUAGCAUGAGUCACCCGAAGUUUAUGUUAGUGUCAAGUGUCUCUUACCUUGCCUGUGCAUAUGGUAUGUACUCGAGGCCUAGGUAUGUAAACGUAAUUUUAUCUAACAUGGUAAUAUAUGCAACAGCCGAAAGUGGACAGAGAAAGUCCUCUGUAAAACUUGUGUAGAUACCUCUAAAAUUGUUUUCACUUUAUAUAUUGUUGGAACACAGACAGAUACCAUCACUGCGUAUAUAUUUAAUGUUUAUUGGAUUAAUUUUCCAGUUAUGUUAUAAAGUGUGGUUGGUUCCACUUGAUAAUGUUGCACUUUUAUUCAUUAUGAAGCACGCAGCUAUGCUUCCCUCAUCAUAAUUGUGUGCACUAGUGAUUGAGAUUCCCUGAACACUGUAAAAUAUAGUUAUAAAACUCUACUUUUGAUGUGCUUGGUCUUACACAAAAAUUUAAUUAAAGCCAACAAAAUCAUACUAAUAUAUUUAAUAUCAGAUGUUCAGCAUUACAAUGGUGGGCUUUUAAGGUCCAGAAAGAUCUCAGACCAUGCAUAAUAAUAUGUUAAACUGGUACAAUUUGUGGUAUUUGGGUAUUUGAUGAUCAGUGACCAAAGGUGUGCAUCUCUAGGUUGUUAUUGUGAAUGAGAAAUCUUCCACUAUGCCUCUUGAUUAUUUAUGUUGAGUUCAAUGAGUUAAUUAUAGUGUCCAGUUUUCUGGCAGAGUAGCACCCAUUUUGAAGCCAUUUAUUUGAACCAAUUAAAUUCACAAUUAAACUCUUUCAGAAUACGCCUCAGUUGUCACUGAAAUGAAGUCGUUUUGUUAAUUUAAAUUUUUUUUUUCUUUUUUACUCUAUUUUUCCACUUGAAUGACCUGAAUAAAUACUCAAAACAACCAUCUUAACAUUUCUUCCACCCUGCACACUGUAUGCUCUGUAUACAGGCUCAUUUUAUGUCAACUGUGUAGCGGUACACGUCAGAUGAUGUCAUCUGCUUUCAAGACUUCAACUUUGAAUAUAAUAUACCUUUCAUUGAAUUUACAUACAAAAUAUGAGUGCUUAGUCGCAGCUAGCAGUUUCACAGCCUCUCCCCGAGCCAUACUUGCUGAAGAAAAACCAUCUAAAACCAGCCUGGUUUUAGUGGGUCUCCCAAGGUUUAGUCACUUUUCAGCUGGUCAGGCUGGGAGACCUGAUUUCCCAGUUGAAGACCGGCUUAGCCUAAACCAGCUAAGAUUAGUUUAUAACAUUUGAAUUUGACAACUAUUAUGGUUGUCCAGUUUUUGUGUUAAGUCAAUGUCAAAAAAGUAACAUGGUGUUACCAUGUUUUUUAGGAUAUGGUAACAUGGUAAUUCCAAGGAAUUUAGACAUGUACCAUCACGGUGCCAUGUUUUUUUUAGAACAUGUACCAUGGUUCUUCUAUGGUAUUCUAUGACGUUCUGUGAAGUAUAGUAUGUGGCAAAGUACCAUGGCGUGGCUAUAACCUGGUACCACCACAGUACAUUUUUGUGAAUACAUGCUCAUAACGCUGAUCUGAGGAAAUUUUUCCCAAUAGCAAAAGCUCAACGAUGCUGAAAGGCGUUCAGCAGAAAUUCGUGAUGCUCUUUCCCGUUUCAGGAAUUAGUUCAAGUGAUGUAAGCCACUGCAUUUAUGUCAGAAAGCUUCAUUUUCAAGGGUGUUGGUUCGAGGGCUGUUAAACGCUUGGCGAUAGCCUGAUCCUCACCAAAUCCUUUGGAUGUUUUUAAACACUGAGGCAUACUCAUGCAGUCAUUUGGGACUUUGUAUGCCAUUGCACAGUAAGCGAGUCUCUCCCGGCAGAGUUACACCCUGCCCUGCCUUGCAGGCACUAAUCACAGGCUAAAUUUAACAUGCUAGCCUCUAAAUUUACCACCUGCUAAAAGGACCACUCUGUGUUUCUUGAUGGGUGCUGUGAAAAUAGAGAAGAGCUUUUUUUUGCUCAAAUUUUUCCUCUUCCUCCCCAGUCUGACCACAUCCUCAGCAUCACCCUCUUUCUUGAAUAUGUAGUGCUGAAAGCAGUGAGCGCGUUGUUUGUUUAGUCUGGAUACUAGCUAAAGUUAGCAUUAGCAAGAGGCUAACACACAAUGCUCCAUUGAGGAACAUUGAGUACUGCAAGGAAUGGGGCUGGGUUUGAAACCGCAGUCGUUAUUUAGUUAAUAGUUUAGAGAAAGUGUUAUGAGGGAAGUGUAACACACCAAACUAACCCAACACCGUGUUCUCCAGUAACUCAGGCCUGGUUUAUUGCAUUCAAAAUAGUGCAAAUAAAAUAGUAACAGUGGGACUGCAGAAGUCAACAAGGAUUACAGUGAGGAGUCUUGUAUUGAGACUUCUGUGAGCUGUGUCUUGUGCUUAUGACCUGGGGAUGCUUUGUCCUUGUUUUCAUGGUUAACACCUUGAUCAUUUUAAAACCGCUUCUCUAUAUGGAGGAGUGUGAUGUUCUUUCUGCCCUUUUUCCCCAUGGGAAAUUUCUUAUGUCAGCCACUGUAGCACAUACUGACCAUAUGACCAUGUCAAGUGACCCUGCUUGCAAACUAGCUGGUGAAAAAACUGCUUCAUACAUGCACGCAUACUCAAAUGUACCCAUAAAUGUUAAAUGUUGGGAUGUACCAGUGAAUUAUAGAGUGGACUUUAUGCUACAGACUGUGGCAGGGCAGCAAUUGAUCUUGAACUUACUAAUCCUUCUGUUUAGAUCAUAACUCUUUUAGCUCUACUUUAGUGUCAAUGUGUAAAGCUCUUGGACCUCAUUUAUGAAACGUGUGUAAAACCAUCCUAAGUGUGAAAGCAUGAUAAUUGCUGAAUAUUGAAAAUGAGUAGAUGACACACAAAGUUUUUCCAGGUUUCAUUGCAAAAUAUGUAGAUUUUCCUAUAGUCUUUGUGUAUUUAAAUAUGGUCAUUUAUUUAUUAAUUUAGUCAGUUGUUCAUUUUACACGUAAAAGUCUCCAGAAAACUUAGUCAGCAAACAUGCUUUUUACUUGGUUUACAUAUAAAAACACUGCCGUGACAGUUUUAGCCUUCGUAAAUCCCAAUUUGUUCCUACACAGGAUCAAAUCCAUGGACUUUAGGAUUAAAUCUGAAUUUACAUGGGUUUUAUAAAUGAGGCCUCUGAUCUUUUUGUCUUUGGUGCCAAAAUAUGUUGCAAAAGGAGUUGAAUAAUAGUUUUAUGCAAGCAGAGUAGCAUUUAACGAAUUAUUUUUACAUAAAUUGUAUCUCUAAUACACAUUGAGUGUGAUGUAACCAUGGUUGCAAUCUUAUGUCACUUUAAUGCUAUAUGUG